AUGUCAGCCCCACUGCUCAAGGACUCGGAUUCGGCUCUCUCCACCAAAGCACCUUCACUCACCCCCACACCCGAGUACAUCGACGUUUCUUUGGACCUGAGCAGCAGCACUAAUUCAACCAUCCAAAAAGCCCCCAAAAAGUUUGAUCCGUUUCGGGCGUUCGGCCGCUUCGUUGGCCGCUCUCCAUAUCUCACAUUGUUGUUAUGCAUUCCACUGGCACUUCCAUUGAUUGGCUGUUUUUGGCUUCAUGUCAAGGAUAAUAUCCGAGAUGGUUACACACCACAAAAUGCACCUUCCAGAUAUGAAGCACAGGUCCUCAGAGAGUUUUACAACACUUCGUGUAAGUUUAUGACCACAUAAAAUUUUUUUGUGAUUUCAUAUUCGACUUGUUAUAUUAUCCAUGGCAAAAAUUUUAAUUUUUUGUCGGAAAAGUGGUAUUUUUGGCACAUAAGUUUAAUUUCAGCCGAACCGAUUCUAACUGUACUAUUGAUGCGAGCCAAGGAUGAAGGAAAUUUGAUGAGAUUAUCGCAUUUGGCGCAGGUCGUGGAGAUCCAAAAGUUCUUUUUCAAUGAUUUCAAAGUCAAAUUGGACGAAGAAGACACAGAAUACAGAUAUGCGGACAUUUGCGAGCCUUACUGUUUUGUCAAUAAGCCGUUGGAAAUGUUUUAUGUAAGUUAAAAUACGUUUUUUGAAUUCGUUUUAUUUUGCACUGUGCGAAAAUUUGAGUGAAAUUUUUUCGCACUGUGCGAAACUUUGAGUAACAAUUUUUUUGUGCACUGUGCGAAUAUUUGAGUGACAUUUUUUUUGCACUGUGCGAAAAUUUGUUGAGAUUUUUUUUGCAUCGUGCAAAAAUUUGAGUGUAUUUUUUUUGCACUGUGCGAAAAUUUGAGCGUUAUUUUUUUGCACUGUGCGAAAAUUUGUUGAGAUUUUUUUGCACUGUGCAGUUUUGAAAAAUCGUUGAAGUGAAAUUUGGCUAAAUUAAUUGUUUUCAGAAUGGCGUUAUGAAUCAAAUCACCGCGAUCAAAGAGAAAUCCGAGCCGAAUCCCGAGAAUCGUCUAACCUUCCCACAGGCCCGAGUAAAUGGCAUCCAAAUCCCUCUCCAAAUGCUCUUUUACAACGUCAGACUCAAGGAUCCGGCGAAGAAUUACACCGAGCCCGCCGUCCAAGUCUCGAACAUGGAACACGUCGGCUUGAUCAUGCUGAUCUUCCGCGGCGAUCCCUCCAACCCGCGAAGAGAAGCCCAAUUAAGCGCUUGGGAACAGUCGGUCUUCAAUUAUUUGUACGAAGAAGAACUCUUUCACAACGAUUUAAUACAAGUCGAAGUGAUUGGAGUUAAAAUUUUGGACAAUGAAAUGAUCAAGGACGGGAAAAGAUUGUCCCCGUACUUUGCGGCGGGCUUCGUUUUUGUCGGAUUUUUUGUGGCCACCGCGAUUCUGGCCCCUUCUUAUGGAGAAUGUAGAUGGGAAUUGUCGAAGAUCCCAUUGAUUUUUGCGGCAUUGGCUUGCCCGUCGUUGGCGAUUUUGGGUAUGCGAUUUUUGAGGGAAUUUCGGGAUUUUUUUUGAAAUUUGGAAAAUUGAAUGGGGGGGGGGGGGAUUUGGAAUGUCGUCAGUUGGGGAAAAUGACAAUUGGGGAAACUGAAAAGUAUUAUUUUUCUUCGAUGUACAGUAGGGAACCUGAUCCAAUGGCAAAAAACGUACCAUUUUGCAUCCGGGAAGUAUCAAAAAUGUGGCAAAAUGCUUCCCUCUCCAAGUGAAAAAAACUCCGAUUUCAAAACGUGCCCGCUCUCUUUUUUUAAGGGCGCACCACUCAAAACGAAGUUUUUUCACUUGGAGAGGGAGGCAUUUGGCCACAUUUUUUUUAUGACUUCUAAAAAUUUUAGGCUCAAAUGUUUGUGAAAUUUACUUUUGACAACCUCAAAACUCAAAUACCAAAAAAUCUGUACGUGGAACGACAAUUGGGGAAACUGAAAUUAUUAUUUUUCUUCGAUGUAAGUGUCGAAAUUAGGAUAAUCGAUGUCGCUGAUUUCGAAAAUGAUAUUAAUUUGUUGAUCGUUACUUCUUUCCUUCAGUAGUACUGUAAAGAAGAUUUUUUUUCGAAUUUAACUACUCGAUUUAGGGGUUUUCGAUCGUACUGAUUUCGAAAAUGACAUAAAUUUUUUUGAUCGUUACUUGCACCAUCGAAAACCCCUAAAUCGAGUACUUGUGAAAAAAAUUAAAAAAAUUACUACUUUGCAGUACUACUGAAGUAAAAUAGUAACGAUCAAUAAAUUAAUUUCAUUUUCGAAAUCAGCGCCAUCGAUUAUCCUAAUUUCGACAAUUGCAUCGAAGAAAAAAUAAUACUUUUCAGUUUCCACAAUCGUCUGUUUCUCCAAUCGUCGCUCCCCAUACAGAUUUUUGGUAUUUUAGAGAGUCAAAAAUACCAGAUUUCGGUAUUUUAGAGAGUUUUGAGGUUGUCAAAAGUAAAUUUCACAAAAUUUUGAGCGGAAUUUUUUGAGAAAUCCACCUUGUUUUAGGCCAUGUUGUCAAAUGCCCUCAUUAUUUUAUUUUUCCCCAAAAACAUCGCUCAUUUUCAGGUGGAUACGGCCUGAUGACCUUGCUGGGCCUCCGAGUCAACUCCUUCCUCCUGGUCAUGCCGACUUUGGUCUUUGGAAUUGGAGUUGAUGACGGGUUUUUGGUUAUCCAUUCCUGGUUCCGCCACGCACAAAUCAACCCAGCCAAGAGAAUCGGAGUGGUUUUGGCCGAUGUGGGACCGUCCAUGACAAUCACCACGGUGACAAAUGUGUUGUCGUUUGCAAUUGGAUGCUUCACACCGACGCAAGGUAAAUUUUUUGAGAUUUUUUUGAAUUUUUGCAAUUUUCAAGGAAUUUUUUUUGAUUUUUUCGGAUUUUGAGGAGUGAAAUAGAAGUAAAAUGGCUUUAGAAUGUCGUGAAAAUGUUUUGUAAAUAUUUAUUUUGCUUUCAGAGAUCCAACUUUUCUGCUUCGGAACCGCCGCCGCCCUCCUAAUCGUCUAUUUGUACCAUUUUGUCCUGUUCUGCCCGAUUUUGGUGAUUAUCGGGAAUCGAAAAUGGAACCAAGAGAAUGAAGGACCACUCCCAGAGAAGACCCCACGUAUCCCGCCAUCGGAAUCGUCUCUAAUCAGAAGAUUCACGGGACUUUUGGCCAAGCCUUUGUUCUUCGUUUUCAUCCUCGUGGCAUGUGUAAUGUACUGGGCGGUUUGCAUAUACGGAGUGAGCCAAAUACGCCCAAAACUGGAUGCUGCCAAGAUCCUGCCGAAAUCUUCGAGAAUUCAAACCCCGAACGAAUGGCUUCAUGAUGUUGGUGAGUUUAUAUUACACUUGAUAUUAGAGUAGACGAUGGGUAAAAGUGAUGGAUAAAUAAGGGUUUGAGGGAGGAUGUUGGCGUUAUUGGGAGGGUUGUGGAACACAGAGGUGGGAUUGAUAUUUGGUUUGCGUAAAUUUGUCAAGUUUUUGGGUGAUUUAUAUUACACUUGAUAUUAGAGUAGAUGAAGGUGUAAGUAAUGGUAGAGGAAGAGUUAGAGGGGUUAUUGUAGUAUUUUUAGAGUGGCUUUAGCAUGGAAAGGGAGCGUUCGUAAUUUAUUUGGCAAAAUUUUGAUAAUUUUGACGUGAUUUAUAUUGCACUUGAUAUUAGACUUGAUUGGUCCUAGAAAGAAGCUAGACAACGGACAAUUUCGAUGUUUCUGUCUUUAUAAUUUUUUUUGUGGUUGUCAUUUUGAGAGUUCAUAAUUUUUUUUUUUGGUUUUUGAUGGAAAAAUUAUAUUAUACUAGGCACUUGUGUCAAAAUUUGUAGAAUUAGGAGUAGAAAUGCUGAAAUAUAAACAUUUUUUGAUGUUGUAAAGAAUGUUAUAAGGGAUUAUUGUUUUUUUUUGCAGUCUGGCACGACUAUCAAGCCGUCUCGGUCCUGGUGAAUGCCCCAUUCAAUUUAUCCGACACCACCCAACGGGCUCGAAUCGAACAAAUGGUCCAUGACUUUGAGUCCCUCCCACAGAGUUGGGGCCCAGCCUCGACAAUGUUCUGGCUUCGGGAUUAUAUCGAAUAUUUCCAUCGAGACUUCGACAUCUGGGACGUGGUGUUCAGCGACAUCAGCGAAGAUGAUCUGGCCUCGAGCGGAGAUGAACAAGUUUCCGAGGAAAAUGUGACUCUCAGCUCUGCAAAGUUGAAGUAUUUCUUGACGUCACCGUUUUAUCAGCAUUGGAAGGGAUUUAUGAAAAUCGGGGAGGACGGAUUCAUCGACAAAUUUUGGUUUUCGGUCGCUUUCAAGGGCCUCGUGGAAUGGUCGGAUCGAAUAAAAUUGGUGCAAAGAUGCAGAGAAUUGGCCAGAAAUUACAGUGAUUUGAAUGUGACGACCUGGGAACAGAGUGGAAAUGGUAAUUUAUUGCGAUUUUUUGAGGUUUUUUAGUGAAAAAUUGAAAUUUUUGAUAUUUUUUUGUGAAUUUUAGUCCUAAAAAGGAGUUUAGAGGUAAAAUAAACAUGGCAAACCUGAGAUUUUUUUAUUAUGAAAAAGUUUUAAAAAUAUUAAGCAAAAAAAAAUGUUUUUAUUUUCAGCCAUGUUCGUUGAUCAAAUGCUCGGCCUGAACACAGUCGCAUGGCAAACCACCGUCCUCACCUGGGCCACAAUGGCCGUUGUGUGCGCAAUUUUCAUGCGAAAUUUUGGAAUUGUCAUGCUCGCAUCAUUCUCGAUACUCUCCAUAUGUGUGGGUGUAAUGGGAUCCCUCUCCCUGCUCGGAUACGACCUUGAUCCGGUUACAGUGGCCGCUUUAUUGAUGUCGAUUGGACUCUCAGUGGACUACACGUCACACAUGACCAGCCAUUUCCAACGUCACAGAAUGAGAACCACAAAUACGGUGGAAUGUAUUCAGAAAACGUUGGAUUCGGUGGCAUGGCCGAUGAUUCAGGUGAGUAAAAUAGGAUUUUUUUAUGAAUUAGAGGGUGGAAACUGUGGUAAAACGAGAAACUUUUUAAAACGUCACUUUUGAAAAAAAAAUUUUUUUUUGAUUGCACUGUGCGAUCGGAAAAAAAUUUCUGCACAGUGCAGAUUUUUGUCGAAUUUUUGCACAGUGCAGUCAAAGAAAAUUUUUUAAAUUUUUGAAAUUUGUUUUUUAAAAUUUUUUGAGCGGGAAAUAGAAGUUUUAAAUAGUAAUUUGGCCUAUUUUAGAGUGCAUUAUCGACGAUUCUAUGUGUUUCCCCACUCUUCUUUUCCUUCGCCUACACCACCAAUGUUUUCUUUUCGACCAUCUCUCUGGUAACUGUAAUUGGACUCAUCCAUGGACUAAUCAUUGUUCCAUGCAUCCUUCUUGCGAUGAGCUAUGUUGUUGGAGAAGCCAGAUUUAAUUCGGUCCGGCGACAGAAUUCACAGCUGAAAAUUGGCAAAAAGGAAGUGGAAAAUUUGAAGAAGUAA